UAAAUGUUUAACAUGGUAAUGAGCCAACUUUGAGAAGAAAGUUGCUACAAAGCUAAGGCAUGUGAUUGCUUUUGAAUGAUUUUUUGCAAAAUUUUGAUUAUGUAUUGCAUACAAAGGAAUGCAAGUGAAACACAGGUUUGAUAUUUUUCUUUUGUUUCUUUUUUUUCUCUUUGAAACAAUGAUAAGAUUCCUUCUCAUACUUAAUCUAAAGAUGAAAGAUUUUCAAGAAUUCAAAAGGAAUGACAUUUAUUUUUAAAGGAAGAAUAUCCUUUAGUUCUGCAACCUUAAGGACUGUAAGCUCCACACUACACGGUGAAAGUGAAAGUCGCUCAGUCGUGUACGACUCUUCGUGUCCUACUCUUUGCGACCCCAGGCACGGUAGUCGGCCAGGCUCCUCUGUCCAUGGAAUUCUCCAGGCCAAAAUACUGGGCUGGGUAGCCGUUCCCUUCUCCAGGAGAUCUUCCCAACCCAGGGACUGAACCCAGGUCUCCCGCAUUGCAGGCGGAUUCUUGACCGUGUGAGCCACCAAGAGUACCUCUGGAAAAGGCAGUUCCGUUAUCAGGAGGUGGCCGGACCCGAAGAGGCGCUGAGCCGGCUCAGGGAACUUUGUUGUCGAUGGCUGAGGCCCGAGGUGCACUCAAAAGAGCAGAUCCUGGAACUGCUGGUGCUGGAGCAGUUCCUGACCAUCCUGCCUCAGAAGCUCCAGGCCUGGGUGCGGAAGCACUGCCCGCAGAGCGGGGACGAGGCGGCCACCUUGGUGCGGUCUCUUCAGAGAGAGCCUGCUGGGACCUCACGCCAGGUUCGGAAACCAGAAUUGAGAGCAAAGAGUUGAUUCCAAAGCAAGAAAUUCUAGAAGAAGUGGAGCCUCCAGGGCAGCUACAAGGAUUUCAGGAGAAGGCCCCCCUAUCUUCUGAGUGUGGUGACACCCAGCAGGACAGGGGAGAGAAGCCCUUGGGAGACCCCUCAUCGCUGAAAUGUGACGAUUCUCCUGCAGAUCAGGGAGUCACCCACAUCUCAGAUCUCAGGAACGGCCCCAGGGAAGAAGAUGUCAAAAACAAUGAAUUCAGGACCAGUGCCGAGAGUUCAGACUUUGUUCCUGGUCAGUACAUCCCAACAGCAGGGAGACCCGUCACUGCGGAUGAAUAUGGGAACAACUGCCAGCACAGGUUAGAUAUGGUGAAACCUCACGAAUCUCUCGACAGUGAGGAAAAUCGCCAUCAUUCGGGCCUGUUUGAGACUCAGAAGUGGUUCCAUAAAGAAAGGCCUUACACAUGUGACACCUGUGAAAAGAGCUUCAAACAGCGUUCCGACCUCCUUAAACACCAUCGAAUCCACACCGGGGAGAGGCCCUACGGGUGUCCUGUGUGUGGGAGGCGCUUCAGUCAGAGCGCGACCCUCGUUAAACACCAGCGGACACACACUGGAGAGAAGCCCUACACCUGUCCCAAGUGUGGGGACAGCUUCCGACAGAGCUCACACCUCAGCCGGCAUCAGAGAACCCACCUGAGGGAGAAGCGCUGCACAUGUAAGGAGUGCGGGGAGACCUGCCGCACCUCCGGUCGUUUUAGACACCAGAGGACACACGAGGGGGAGCGACCCUACACGUGUGAGGAGUGCAACAAGAGCUUCAAACGCUGCUCCGACCUCUCCAAACACCAGAAGAUCCACACCGGGGAGAGGCCCUACGGGUGUUCUGUGUGCGGGAGGCGCUUCAGUCAGAGCGCGACCCUCGUUAAACACCAGAGAACUCACACCGGAGAGAAACCUUACAGAUGUCUGGUCUGUGGGGACAGCUUCAGACAGAGCUCACACCUCGUCCGACACCAAAGAAUCCACAGAAAUAAAGUGCCAUCAUUUUGACCUGC